AAAAUAAAUAUAAAACUAAAGAUUAAAAAAAAUCAUUUUUUUAAUAGAAAUUUCUAAAUGCUCCGUAAAUCUGGGAUUUAUUUAAUCAGAUUUUUGUUUCUGAAUAAAAAUCUGCCAAAUUAGGGCAGAUUAUCUUUUGUUACCAUGGUGACAGUCUGGGUUACACUGGAGUAUCCGGGAACUUUGCCUCUUCCUCUUCAUCACCAUCUUCCUCCUCUUCCUCAGACCGCAGUCCGUCGCGGCUCCUGCUCAGGUUCGGUUCAGUUCGGUUCUCUUCGUGUUUCCUGUCGGCUGAUUUUUGAAGCGUGGACGCGUCCCGGCUCGUGCAUGUGUCGGUAAAUCUGACAGAUGAUGACGUGACGUUAGCGUGUCAGCGCUUUGAUGUUUGAUGCGAGACACGCUGAUGGCUGCGGAACAUUUGAUCUUUUGUUUGUGUUUCCUCUUUGAUGUUGCGGGAUUUUCUGCGCUCUGAUUGGCUCCUGCCUUCUGAUCCAUCAGUCACGUGACGAUUAUUAAUUAUUGUUUACUGUUUGUUCCGAAAUCAGUAGAUGGAUGGAUGCAUGGUUGAUGUAUCUGCUUCUCUGAUUGGCUCAUUCUUUCAGCUCAGGAGUCAAUCAGGAAGCAGAACAUUAAUCAGUGAGUCCUUCAGAACCGGUUCUGGUUGAGCUCGCCCUGUAUUGGUUCUGGUUCUGGGGAGCUGCAGAAUCAGAACUGCAGCAGGUUGGGAUUUUCAGCCUGCUGUUCGGUCCGAACUCUGCGCUGGUUCUGGUCGGGUUCUCCAGAACCUGUCCCCUCCCCACCCCUCCAGGAUGUCGGUGUCUCCGGGCCUCGCCGACCUUUCCCGCCUCUACCAGACCGAGUUCGUGCGCAGCGCGCGCGCGGUCGGCGUGCUGUGGGCCGUGUGCACGCUCUGCUUCGCCGUCAUCCAGGUGGUCAUCCUGGUCCAGCCGUCCUGGGUCGGAACCACGGCGUCCGGGCCGCCGCUGCCCAGCGGAACCAUGGGACUGUUUGAGGUCUGCCUGGAGUCGGACUGGCCGGUCCCAGACUGCCGUGGCGGUCUGUCCAGCCUGUCUCCGCUGCCGUCCUUCCAGUCGGUGGCCGUGUUGGUGGGCGUGUCUCUGUGGGCGGUGUGGACCAGCGUCCUCUGUCUCUGUCUCUUCCGAUUCUGCAGCGCUGCCACCGUCUACAAGAUCUGCGCAUGGCUGCAGCUGACAGCAGGCUUCUGUCUCGCCCUGGCGUGUCUCCUGUUUCCCGACUCGUGGGAGAGUCCAGAGAUGAGAGUUCUGUGCGGAGAUUCGGAUCCAGGUUUAGGCUCCGCCCCCUUCCCCAGGUGGGCAGCUUCUCUCCAGGUAACUGCUCUGUCCACUGGGCCUACAUCCUGGCGCUGCUGGGCAUCUUGGACUACGCCAUCCUGGCCACGCUGGCCUUCGUCCUGGCCAACCGGCAGGACGCCCUGCUGCCACCCGACGCCCCGGAUGUGACCGCAGGCCUGCUGAUGUCCGCCUGAGGAGGGAUCGUCCAGGAUCCCUGAAGGUUCCCUGGACGUUCCCUGAAGGUUCCCUGGACGUUCCCUAUAGAUGAACUGCAGAGUUAGUUGGUGAAAGCUAACUAUUUAACUUCACGCUAAAUAUUUAACUUGUUUACUAAAUACAUGAUUCAAAGUAAAUAAUUGGCUUAAAUGAAAUAUUUAGCUUGCUAUUUAGUUUGGAGCUAGUUAGCUUGCUAAGCUAAAGCUUUAGCUUUCAAACUAAAUAUUUAACUUGCAGAAGAUGAAGUGCCCUUCCUUUCCGUUUUGUUUCUUCCAAACGGCGCCUGGAGCCCUCGGGUCCAGUGAGGCGGACCCGGUCAGAACCACCUGGACGUUUUCUGUCCAGGUGGUUCUGACCUUUUUGUCCGUCUCUGUUUUGUUCUUUUCUCCGUUGCUCAUUAACAUUUAGAACCAGAUCCAUUUGUUAGAACUCCAGAACCCUUAAAGCUUCGCUUCGUCUGAGCUUCUGCGAACCUCAGUGGGAGAAAUGAUUAACUCUACCACUGAAUAUUAUUAAUAAGACAUUAAUAUUAUUGGUGAUCAAUAAAUCUUAAUGUUUAGAAAUA